AUGGAUGAAUCGAUUGCGCAGCAGCAUGUGGCGGAGACAGAGCAAUUAACUGAUCUGGUUGGAGUGGCAGAUAGAGAGAAUGUUAAUCCAACUGAUCAGGAUUUGGUAGGGAUGUCAGUGUUUUCGGUUGAUGAAGCAUAUGACAUGUAUAAUGACUAUGCUUUUAGAGUAGGUUUUAGUGUGAGGAGGGGUAAGCAAAGAUAUAAUUCUGCUACAAAAACAAUGAAGACGAAGAUGUUUCAUUGUUCGAAUGAUGGAUUUAAAAGGAUUACAGGAAAAGGGUGUUAUUCUAAAAUUGAUGGUCGUACAGGUUGCGGUGCAUUUGUCCAAUUCAAUUUACAUGAGAAUGGGAUGUGGAUUGUUUCGAAGCAUGAGAAGUUGCAUAAUCACGAAUUGGUUCCACCAAGCAAGAUUUACCUUCUAAGGUCACAUAGGAUGGUGUCUAGGAAUCAUAUUUCCUAUCUUACUGAUUUGAAGAGCAGUGGUGUGUCUGUUGCAGAUGGUGUAAGAUUCCUUAAAACACAAUCAGGGGGAUCACCACUUGUUGGUUUUACAAGUAGGGAUGCAUAUAACUCUUUAUGUACCGAUGCAUUGAACAAAUUGGAUGGGACUGAUUCAAACACACUGAUUGAAAUAUUCAAACGGAGGCAGUCAAGUGAAAGGGAUUUUUACUUAGAUUUUGAUGUGGAUUUGGAGUCAAGACAUUUUUGA